AUGGACGUUCUUCUGGGCCGGGUCACCUCCCAGGCCAUGAAUUAUGCCAUCCGAUCGGGCGUCACGAUCACCACCACAUACGCCAUCAAGCAAUGCGCACGCCUACUCAAGGAAACGCCCCGUUCGCAGGCGCGCGAUGAACUUCGUCAACUGCAGCUACGUCUGGAAAGCAAGAUUCGUAUCAUCAGUCCCGCGAUUGACAUGAUCGAGCUCAUCUCGGCCAGAGGCAACACCAGUCUGGAGUCUGCCGUCUCGCUUACCAAGGCUAUCCGAUACGAGAUUCAGUGUCUCGGUACGCGAUUGAGCGACGCUGCGAACGAUGAGAGGUCAAUCAAGAAGCAGUCCAGCCAGGCGAAGGUUCGACAGGAUGCGGAAGCCCAACUACAGCGCAUUAUUAGGACCAUCAAAGCCCUCUUGACGAAGAUUGACGACGCUAUCCCCUUAAUCAAUCUGGCCAUCACGACUUCUGGUGUGAACCUGAGCACGAAACUCUCUGGCGCCAUUAGCCCCAGUCGCUUACUACAAGCGUCUACGUUCCUCACUGCAGCGGACAGAGCCAGGCGCGUGAAGGUCGGUCCAACAUACACGCUGAGUCUGUACAUGCUAUUUGCCGGACACACAGGGCGGGAAGAAGGCGAGAGGGAGAUGACGUGGAAGGAAGUCGUGCACAAAGCGAAGGUGAAGCUCGUAAGAGUACCUCUGGACGCAUUGUACGAUUUACCAGGUGGCGGCGCAAGUGCUGUGAACGGUGGUUUGGUUGCGGAUGAGGGUACUAUUCCUGGAGAGGGGAAAGCAGGAGAGUUCGCAUAUCAAAUCGUCAUUAUCGAGGACCUCGACGACGAUCGCGUGCACACCUUCGACGAUGGCGAGGUACUGCCUGGCCCUUUCGAGGAUGUGGCGAAUGCCGGCAUUCGAGACAUUGUGCCUGUUCAUGAGAUAUCAAAGGUCUUCUACGCAGACACAGGCAAGAUCCUCAACAUCCGCGGAGAUGGCGACACAAAUAAUCCUGUGCUGCUGCUCAGGAGAGAUGUUCAUGCUGAGCCGCCGAGGAGGAUGAUGCAUCGGUCUCAGAUGGGUCAAGAUGCGUACUUUGACGAUUCUGUUAUCGGAGAGACUGAGGUAAAUGGCGCUCAGUCAGAGGUCGAUGCCCAGAUCCAUCGCGAGUCUGCACCCAACACUCCGAGCAAAGAGUCUCCAGCUCGAAUCAACGGCGAGAAACUUCACACAGCCUGGCGGCUCCCUCCAGACCUCGAUCCCGAAUGGCUGGCCUUCGAAGUCUACACCGAAGAACCCGACUCUGAAGAAGACCCAGAGGAAUUGUCGUCUCGCCCAACAAGCAGCCGGGAGGACUCACCAGCCACGACCCUCGCAGGCGCACUCUCCAAACUAAACUUCCGCGCCUCAACCCCAACCUCCUCUCCAGCGAUCAACGGCGCCCACCUCCCCACCACCUCACCGGCCCGUCCAGCCCCUAUAAUCAAAACCAGCCUCUCCCUCCUCGAAAUGCUCCUCAAACUCACCGCCCUCCAGCAAUUCCGCCAAGAAUCCCAUCUAGCGAUCGAAGACGAACUACUCAACUUCUUCCUCGAAGACAGCUCGUCUGCUGGCGCCGGACCGGACAAGGACUACCGUCAGCGGCUGAGACAUGACGCCGUGAAGCGAGUGGGCUUCGAUCCGUAUGAUGAGAGCCCGAUCAAGCGGCGUGGAGAGACAUACUUGGAGCAUGCGAGGGGCAGGGCAAGUCCAAGGCCUGAGUUCGAUGCUGGCGCUUUCACGGGGCAAGGGUACGGGGAGUGGCGGGAGGAUAUGCAUGAGCCGAUGUCGAGUCCGCCCGGCAUGGUUCGAUCGUCAAUAGAGGAGGGUGGAGGGAUGCCUUCGUCGCCGUCGCCUAUGCCGUCAGCGCCUGUGUCUGGUUCGGGAAGGAAUGGAUCAAGAGGUGGUACGCCGGCGCAGACGAGGAGUGGUGCGGGUCGGACGGCUUCGCAGAUGUCGUUGCUUGCUACGCCGCCGAGCACUGCUGGGAGUCGUCAGCACUUCCUACGCGCGCAGAGCGAGCCGAAGGUCAGGAGUCCGCUUGGGACAUCUGCGGAGGUCAACAAGGGUACUUCAGGAUCUGGUGGAAAAGAGCCUUAG